CGACCUUGAACCGAAUAAACUUACCUCCUUUGUCCUCUCUUUCAACUACCACCACCUCCAGUCAAUAUCCGGCACAUUUGCGCGACUCCAGCAUAGCUACCCACCCUUAACUUGCGGCUCUUUUUGGUAAUACUAACGACCAUCUCAUGAUGGCUUCCGACUCGGCUUCAGACCCCGAGCUGAAAGUCGAUGUGGUCAUAGUCGGCGCUGGCCUGAGCGGCAUAAGAGCAGCCGUGGAACUACACAAAGCAGGCUUGACAAUCGCUAUCCUCGAACGGAACAACUACGUCGGUGGCCAGUGCCACUCAGCUUCCACGCAUGAUACGGCCAGGAUCACGUCCAUUGGCGACACCCACACCGAGAUGCUCUCUCUGGCCAAGAAGUUCAAGAUCAACCUCAACAAGCAGCACAGAGAGGGUCUGAGCCUCCAACAGCGUUACGACGGGAUCCAAGACGGCCCCCGAGUUACCGAAAAUAUCCCCGCGCUUGAAAAAGUCGUCUGGCCACCUCAGGACUUCCAACUUUCCUUCAGGUCCUUGAUCGAAGACCCCGCAAUCCAGAGAUUCUACCGCCGCAUCUCCCAUCUCUCGGAAACCUGGCACGGCCCCGACGCCUUGUUCCUUGACGCGGUCUCCUUCCUCGGGCUCGUGGAAGCUGAUUUCUUACAUAGCAAGGUGAUCCACCACGAAGCUCACUUCCUCACCAACUUUCUCCUCGGCGUUCACCCAGCCUGCGUCUCGGCUCUCUACGUCAUCGACCACAUUGCCGCCGGUGGCGGGCUUGCCAACCUCUACUUUCACCCCGAUUCCUCUGGCGGCGGCGCUCACCAUCUCCGCGUCCCGCAGGGACCGCAAGCGUUCGUCACCAACCUUGUUGACCUUCUUCCCAAGGGAACUAUCCAUCUCUCCACCAUCGUCAACAAGAUCACCCAACAAACCGUUUUCGUCGGCAAAAGUGGCCACCCCUCUCACCCAUGCAAAAUCGCAACCUCACCAUCCCCCAGUUCCACUCCCAGCACCAACACCAAAACGUUCCACGCCAAAAAGGUCCUCCUCACCACCGCCCCCGCCUUCUACUCCCCCUUAUUCUCCCACCUCCCCAGAGCCAUAACCUUCCACCCCCCUCUCCCUCCCCACAAAAUCGCCUCCAUCAACCGCCACAGCGGCCACAGCGGAAACCGCGGCGAGUUCGCCACGGUAACCUUCUACUUCAACCAGCCCUGGUGGCGCGAGGCGGGGCUUUCGGGGUCAAUGGUCUGUCGUGUUACUCGAGAGCUAGACGGACCGAUUUCCUGGGUGAGGGACACAAGUGAAGAGGAAGGUGGCAAGAACACGAAAAAGGUGUGGAGUUUAACCUGCUGGUGUGCAGCCGAGAAGGGGGACGAAGUGUGGGAUUGGAUUAGGAAUACCUAUUCGGCGGAUGACGAAGUGGAGGAGCCGGAGGAAGGGAUUGACUGGGAGGCAAACCCGGUGUGGAUGCAUUUGAGGAGGGUGUUUGGGGAGAGGAUGGGGGAGUUGGGGGUGGAGAUUCCACUGCCGAGGGGACGUGAUACAAGUAGGGAGGGGGAGCACGAAAGAGAGAAGGAGCAGAAGGAAGGUGCGGAACAGCCCAUUUCAUUUACGGUUAGAGAAUGGAAUGCGAUGGGGGUUCCACCUCCGAGGGUACUGCCGAGGGAAGGGAAGGAGGUGGAGGAGCUGUUGAGGACUUGGAAGUAUGAAGGGCCGGGAAAGGGAGAUGCGAACUUGAGAGAGCCGUUUGGUGAUGUGCAUUUUGCGGGCACGGAGACGGCGGAGGAGUGGAGGGGUUUCAUGGAGGGAGCGGCGAGGAGUGGGUUGAGAGGGGCGAAGGAGGUUAUUGAGGCGUUGAAGAAGGGGGAGGCUAAGGAAGGAGAUGGUGGGAAGGGAAAGGGAUUUAAGGCGCAUCUUUGAGGGAGGAUGUGAGUGAGGGUUGAAGGGAAUUGAAGAUCAGGCGUGCGAGAUAAGCGGAAGAUAAAGAUCGCUGAAGGGGAAAUGAUGGAGGGUUGUAGUUGCGUAACACGUCGAAUGCCGACGACCGGUAGCUCGGGAGCGGCGAGGAGGUAGCUUGGUAGCCUAGAGUAGCGCCAAAUCGAGGAAAAGCGUAGCGAUCAAAGUUGAAAGGCCGGUGAUUGUGAUAUUAUGGGUAAUAAUCGAUAUGGGGUUCAACGUGGCUUGAUUGUGUGUAUGUGUG